AUGGCUUUCCAGCAACCAGCCCGCCAGGCCAUCCAGCGGGUCGCCCGCCCGCCGACCACCGAGGGCGAUGACGUGACCACUCACGCCCGGCCAUCGUCUGAGCGGCCCGUGGAGGAGUCCCAGACCUGGGUGCUCUUCUCCCCGCCCACCGACGUGACCACGACCUCCUAUCUCAGCGAAUCGGAGCAUUCGCUCGUUACACCGGGACGCUCACGUCUGAGUGAGCUCGGGAGCCUCAACACGGUCGCCAGAUCGGCGCGACACACGGAUACGAGGCAGUCGGCCUCCUUCUCCGCCAUCGACGACGUCUCCGUCGAGGACGACACGGAGCUCGACAGCUUAGACAGCCAUUUACCCGAAUUCCGAUCUAUUCCUGGUGCGCAAGCGGACUCUCAUGACGGGAGCCCGCAGGCCCUUCCUGUCCUCCCUGCACACGACGGGCUCGGGUCCUUUCGCCUGGACCGCCCCGUCUUCAGCCGAGAGGCACAGGACCAAAUCUACCAGUUUGAGAGGUUCAACCCUCGGAGGGUCCGUCGGAGGCUAGACAGCUUCGACCGCGGCCACGUCGAGUUCGAGUACGGCCAGCACCAGGAGGAAGAGAAGCGGCUACGCAUCGAGGCCUGGCGCCUUGAGCACAGCCGCAUAUUGCUGGACGAGGUCCAGCGGGAAACGAGGCGGAGGCGCAAGUCGCAAGCAUCAAUGCACCGCUUUCAGCGACCAGUUGAUGGCGAGUCGGACAACAUGACGUGGCAUGACGAGGAUGCCAUUCAGUCCGUGGGUCCACCCGAGGGCAUCGUGGCGAGAAUCACGCGCAAGGUUGUCAAGGAUCUUUUGGGAAUCGACGACAGGCUGCUCUCCAUUUUGCUGGGUGAAACUCUUCCCGAAGAUGACGAGCUGUCGACGACUCCCCGGGCGUCGCAGCUGGGCGGGCAACUUUCCUCGGAGAUGGGGGGCGAUUCUACCUGGCAGGUUCAGAUCCUGGAGAGGUUGUCGCAGGAGCUCGGCUUGCUGGUCAGCCAGCUGUCGCACCAUCCAGGCGCGUUCUCGACGUACUCGAGAGUGCAGCAGAUGCCGCUGCCGUAUGCCGGGCUGCCCGUCAUACCCGAGUCCGUGGACGGGCCGCAGACAGUAGAGGUGACGGAACCCGAGCGUCGCACCCAGCCGUCCCUGCCUGACUUUCAACCGACGUUAAACCAACAAUCUCAGCCCAUCAACAUUCCCACCCGGAGAAGCGACGAAGCCAGCGUGGCCAAGGAGGACGUGCCGAUGGACAACGCCUUUACCAAGGACGAGUGGGAGAGGAGUCUCGACGUCAAGCUGGUGUUCCGGUAUCUCAUUUCGCGCUUUACGUCACGGUCCAAGGGCUCGACGCCCUCGACUGGAUCCCAUGCUGGAACGCCGACGGCGCAGGACAGCACGGCCAAGAUGACGCGGGUACGGCAGCACCAUCCGCUCAUCGCGCGCUCUCGACCCGUCGAGCGGCGGGCAUUCAAAGCGACAGGGCCGGCGAGUCCCGUAGCGCUGCGGCAUCACAGCAGUUGCGCUAGCCAGAGCACGAGACGGUCCGCGCGGAGGAGUAGCUGCUCGUCGCGGCACUACUGGGACAUUGGCGGCUCGCUGGGGACUGGGUCGAUUGCAGGGCCGCAUGGGCCGAUGGGCAGCUGGGGCGAGGUGUAG